AUGGGAAUAUCUAAAUUGAGGACCAAUCAAACUUAUCCACGAUUUGUUUAUGCAUGUUUCCCUAUCACUAUCAAUAGAAUGAUGCCAAGACCACAAUCUGCUCAGAUCCUUGCCAAUCCUUCUAGUAGAGGGUAUUCCGGAGGCUCAAACGGUGGUAGCGGAAACUUUUUUACUCGAUUCCUUCGGGAGGAAAUUUUUGCUCAGGAUAAACGACAGGGAAACAUUGAUAUUUUGGUUUCUAUUGGAGUUUUUGGAGCAGCCAUUGCUUUUAUACAAAAUUAUGCAGAGGAAUUAUGCACUAUCUAA